AGAAGAACCACACGGCGUACUUUCCCCCACUGUGGAAAUGGCGCUUCGUGUUGUGAAAGCCUGAAGUCUGAAGAGCCUUUCGUUCUUGUUGAUGUUUGGAAACUCCUCGGGGGAUCUUGGAAUAAGCGUAUUUCGAGAACAAUCGGAUUAUGACAGAGGAAGGAGAGAUUCUUGAGGAAAAACGAAGCAAUAGUGGCUCGGAAGCCUUCAUCCUCCCUGGACAGUGAACGAUGCAUGACCUGACUGCCCAAGUCACCAGCAGCCUGCUGCCCUUCUCAGGAGUGACCCUAGAUGCUCUGGGUGAGGAUGAGAUCAGCCUGGACUGUGUUCUCCAUGGCAAGUUCACUGUCGAGCGCAGCGGGUUGGCCUGGCUGGCCAGUGGAGCCAAUCUGGAGGUGGUCCACGCAGUGACAGGGGAGCGGCUGUCUGCGUACUGUUUCAGUGGCGGAGGAGAGAACCCGCCCGUUGUCCUGGCUGCCAGGGAUUUUAGCUGGCUCAAACGGUCUGGGUUAUUAGUCGGCUUGGAGGAAACAGAAGGCAGCGUGCUGUGUCUUUAUGACUUGGGACUGUCCAGGGUGGUGAAAGCUGUGGUCAUACCAGGCAGGAUUACAGCUAUUGAGCCUCUAGUGAGUUAUGGCGGAGCAAGCACAUCCACCCAGCACCUCCACCAGAGUUUACGCUGGUUCUUCGGCAUUGCUGCAGUGGUAACAGAUCUGGGUCACGUCCUGCUUGUGGACCUCUGUCUGGAUGACCUGUCCUGCAGCCAGAGUGAACUGGAGGCAUCAGACCUGCAGGUGGUGACCAAAUCUCCUGAAGACAUCCCCAGGCUCAGGGAGGUCGGCACCAGGCAGGGCCGCCAUCUGUGUCUGCAGCUGAACUCGCCCAGCGGCGUCGGUGUGACAGCCCUGCAGUACAUCCCCAGAACCAACCAGCUGGCAGUGGGAUUUUCUGAUGGACACUUACAGCUGUGGAACAUGAAGUCUCUAAAGAAGGAAUACCACUCACAGUUGGAGGGAGGCAGGGUGUCUGUUUACGCCUUCACCUUCCAGGAGCCAGAGAAUGACCCCAGAAACUGCUGCUACCUCUGGGCUGUCCAGUCCUCUCAGGAUCUUGAGGGAGAUCUGGUCAGCCUUCACCUGCUCCAGCUGGCCUUCAGUGAAAGAAAGUGUCUGACUUCUGGGAAGAUCCUCUAUGAGGGUCUUGAGUACUGCGAGGAACGUUACAGUCAGGAUUUAAGCGGCACAUCUUUCCCUCUCAGGGCUCAGGCCUCAAACACCCGUCUGCUGAGCUGCCAGACAAUUGAGAAAUUCAGAGCCCAUCCUGACAGGGACGACAGUAUGAAUGAAGUUGCAUCCCCUGACACCAGCCUGUCCAUCUUUUGUUGGCAAGUCAAGGCUUACGGUCAGGGAAGUCCCUCUACGUAUAUAGGCGUCUUUGACAUCAAUCGUUGGUACCAUGCACAGAUGCCUGACUCUCUAAGAACUGGGGAGUCUCUCCAGGACUGUCCCUACCUGGCAGUUUGGUCCCUGGACUCCGUGGUGCAGAUGGUGUCUCCCCACAGCUUCCUGGACGUGGUUGUACAUGAGCGCAGCCUGAGCAGGGGCCUGCCCUUCACCUGCCCGCCUCCAGAACAGUACUUCAACCCAACCACAUAUAACUUCGAUGCUACUUGCUUACUUAACACUGGAAUUGUGCACUUAACUUGCACUGGGCAUCAAAAAGAGACCUUAAGUUUCCUGAAGAAAGCUGCGCCUUGUUCCAGUGACAUCAUCUCCAUCGGCUACUCCCAAUGCCUUAUGUCUGGCCUCCUCUCGUCUCGCGUGUCAGACGCUCAGGCAGCAAACCUCUCUCAGGAGGAGCAGCUUGAUGCCAUCCUAUCAACAGCAGUGGAGACCAGUUCCUUGGGGAUGAUCACUGGUUGUAUUAAGCAGUGGACCGCUGAAGAACAACCCGGAUCGGCCCUGAACCUGCGCUACAUCCUAGAUUGGGCCUGGAACAAAGUGGUCCAGACCAAAGAGGAGCUGGAUGGCAUCUGUGCCCCGUUGUUCGACAGCUCUACCAACUUCACCGACUCUCAGACCCUGCAGCUGCUGCAGCACACCCAGCGGCUGCUCAGUAACCUCAGUGCCAUCUUCCACUGCAUGCUCAGUGAAGCUCAGGAACUCACACAGCAAGGUUUGGCAGGUCUGAUGAACAAGAACAUGGUGUCCAGUUUAAUUUCUAAAUACGCUCAAGUGGUCCUCUGGUUCUGUCGUACCGGCUUGCUCCCGGAGGGAUCAGAUGAAGAUGCUCUCCAGAUUCCCAGGCCUUUCUUUACUCACUCGGUCAUCAGUAGCUAUUACUCCAUACGCAGGGAGGAGCUGGCCAAGCAUGCCAAGAGCAAAUGGUGUGCAGACUGCCUCAUGAUCGAUGGUCUGGUUGGACAGUGUGGGGAAUCUCUGACCGAUCUGUGGAAAAGGGAUGAGGGUGGAACAGGGCAGUACCCACCACCUACGCUGCAUGCCUUGCUUGACCUCUACCUUCUGGACAACAUAGAUGAAGCUACCAAGCACGCCAUUGUGAUUUACCUGUUGUUGGAUGUCAUGUACUCCUUCCCCAAUAAGGAUGGGACAUCAGUAGAGUCCUUCCCCACGGCGUUCGCCAUCCCCAUCGGACUGGUUAAACUGGUACAAGGACUCUGGCUACUGGAUCAUCAUGACCAUCAGAGUUCGUUCGAUCUGCUCCUGCACCCGGCUGCUUCUCAGUUUCAUUUCGAGUGGCAGCACGAGCGAGUCCUGCAGGCGCUGAUGUGUCAGGGCCAGCAGUCGGUGGCGCUCCGCUACUUCCACGUGACAAAGCCUCCGAUUACCUCCACCGGCCAGGCCAAACUCUGCCUCUCUGUGCUGCUACACAACAGGUGCCUCGUUGAGGCGUGGUGUUUACUCCGGCAGCACACGAACGGCUUGGAUUUUGCUGAGAUGCUGGGCUUCCUGUACGAGAGCUGCCAGGAGCUCGGCCUCAUCAAAGAGCUGCUUAAACUGCCUCUGGGCCUCAAUGAACAGGACUGUUUGGAAAAGUUUCUUCAAGGCACAGGAGGUCUUCAAAACCGAGAACUGCUGAUGGUUCAUUACCUCCAACAGGCCAACUACAUUCCUGCUCUGCAGCUCAACCAAACCCUCAAGAUGAACUUGGUGAAUGAGCGAGACCCAAAGCUUAAAGAGCGAUCCACCACCAGAAACGCGAUAAUGGACCAGUAUGGCAAAGUUUUGCCCAGAGUGCAAAGAAAGCUGGCGGUGGAGAGAGCCAAGCCCUACCAACAUCCCUCCACCGUUCGCAAAGAAGUUUCUCGGCCACAGCCGCUGUCUACUAUCACCAAACGUUCUGCCAACGAAAAGGUGAUGUCCAGAGCUGGAUUUAUCGAUAACGUCCUCUCCAAGAUCCAGGAGGUGUGGCUAGGCAAAGAUGCUACACCCCAGUCCUCUCCAGCCAAGACACCAAACAGAGGGGGUGCUCAGAGCUCCACACCCAGGCCAUCCGCCCUUUCGGUUCUUGAUCCCUUCCUAGGAACGCCCAUCACCAUGACGUCCAAACGAAGGUCAAGGCUGAUGGAUCUGGUAGUCCACCCCUCCUGUCAAAGUCCUCGGCCUCUCCUCAGUCCUCCCAGACCUCCAAGCUCCCUGGUGUCUCCAAAGAGCACAAGAAGAGCGCCUGAGCUCACUUUGCUGCAAACGCCACAAGUCGUCAAACGAGCGCGGGCCUUGGCUGCUUCAGGCCCCGUCUUUUCAGCUUUCACGCCCCAGUCCAUCCUGCGCAGCAGCCUGAGACCUACGCCGGUCGCCACGCCGUCCGCCUCCCCCGGGCGCUCCGUCACCCCCCCUCUGCGCAGCAAAGAGAGCCGCAUCACCUUCAUCGAAGAAGCCGAGGCUCGUGAAACGGAGAAGGGGAUCCGGUGGACCAACGGGAUGGCAGCAGACAGCGAGAUCAGCCAGCUAAGCAGAGGCCCCAAAGCUACACGCAAGACCUGGUCUUUGCGGCCUGCUAAGGAGGAGGAGGAGGAGGAGGAGGAGGAAGAAGUGCAUCCUCGUGUAAAGUUCCUGCCUCCAGAUGGCGGCGUUCCCUCGCCACCGCUGAGGUGCUCAGAGAGGGAGCCGUCCUUCACCCAGGAAGAAACUGCAGAAGCAAACCCACCAGCUAGAAGUCAGACACACCUUAGUGUGAACUUUGACACCAGCCAGAUAUCUGUUCAGUCAACAGACACCACUCUAGAGUACUAUGAUGCUCCUCUCUCAGAAGACCCUAACAUGGCACAGGGACGCGACGUCGCAGAGGAUGAUGACGACGAUGAUGAUGUGGUGACACUUAACAUCAAGCAUGUGACUGAAAAAGAGCCAGAAGGUCCCAAAAGGUCGGACAUGACCCCAGAGGAAAGCUUUAACCUCACUUCAGCGGAUACAGAGAAGGAAGAGGAGUUUCUGGAGGAAGCAGGACUCUGCGAGGAGGUCGCCGAGGGUGCUUCUGAUCUGAAGGUACACGAGGAGGAAGGAGCUGCAUCUGACAGAGAAGAGAGUCUGGAUACUGUCUCAACGAGCAAACGGGAGGAUGUGGCCAGUCCUGAGGAGGAGGAGCCAACUGCUCACCAUGAAGCUGGUCACCAGGUGACUGAGAGCUCAGGCCCUGAGGUCCGACCUGAGGAGCAGCUGGUGAAAAGUGACGAGCUAAAUGCUCAGUGGGAGGCGGCCGAGUUGAACGUUGAGAAACCCAAAGCGUCUGAAGAAAGCGUCAGAAACGAAGCAGCGCGGGAUCAGGAUCUGACCACAGAUCUGACGGAGUUUGUAGACCAGCAGCUCUUUGGAGAGGCCCUGUCUCCUCCUCUCAGCCGCUCAGCCAUCCACAGCGCAUCGCUGAGCCAGACCUCCUUAAACAGCGAGUGUCUGGGGGAAGAGGAAGAGGAGCCUCCAGCUGUAGCUCCCUCGGCGUUCACAACACAGAAGUCGACCAUUUCUCUGACCUCCUCGGAGCCGACAGGCACCGACUCCCACUCUGUGGUGAGUGUGAACGAUAGCGAAGAGCUGUCCAGCCCUGACUCUGAGGAUGACGGUGAAGAAGAAGAGGAGUCGUCGUCUAAUGAAGGCGAGGAGGAAGAGGAUGAAGAGGAGGAGGCGGAAGACUCCGGCAGUGAGGUGGAGAUCAUCGACGAGGUUCAGGGCAACGGGAGGCUGCCGCCGCUGCAGCCCAGUUCAGUCUUCAUGCAGCAGGAACAGGAACACCCUCACUUCCUGCAGGAGCUGUCGGAGCAGCAGGCCGCUGCGUUCUCGCUCAUCACGCCCGACGCAGAGAUGAAGAUCGUGGGGGAAGAUAUGGAAGGCGAGGUUGUGAUGGUGAGACUCGGCGACGAUGACGGCGGCUUGGAGCAGGGCUCUUCGUACAUGGAGCUCAAACCGCCCACAACUCUGCUGGUUCCCUUCGAGUUCAUGGAGGGACAACAGAGCCCGACGGACGGCUCGGACCUCGCUCAUCCUGGGCUUCAGCCGAGCGUCAUGGCCGACGAGCAGCAGCCCGAGGUUCUCACCAACUUCACGCUGAUGCUGGAGGGGGAUAAGGAUGGAGCCGAGGAGGCGCCGGCUGUCGGGAACGACCUGCUGCUGUCUGAGCUCCCUGCCCAGCCUCACGUGGAGAGCGAAGACCUUCUGGAUAAGCCUGACGUCUUUCCUUUAGACCCAGAUCACAUGGAAGAAGCUUCAGAAGAAGAACAGAAGGAGAACCUGGAUCACAAUGACGUUCGUGGACUGGGGGAAGAAGCUGAGCUGCAGACUGAGUUCACCGCAGCAAAGCUGGAGGCUGAAGACUCUGCAGGGGAGACAAAUUUAAAAUCAGAAGAAAUUAGAAGAUUUUCUGAAGAUCAGGACUCGGUUCCAGGAGAACUUCCAGCCGUUGUAAACGAUUCCGACUCCAAAACAGAAGCAGUUGAGGCGGAGGUGACGGCGGAGGACAAAGCGGCGCCCGAUGAAGAGGCGCAGCCGCCUGAGGGGAACGGGCCCGUUGACACAGAGAUGGAAAAAACGGAGCCUGCUGAGGAGAACCUGAGGCGAGACCGCAUAACGUCGUCAGAUACCGACGUGAGACCUGAGGAGGAAACGGAGGAGAAGCCCAGAUCUGAGGAGGAAACGGAGGAGAAGCCCAGAUCUGAGGAGGAAACGGAGGAGAAGCCCAGAUCUGAGGAGGAAACGGAGGAGAAGCCCAGCAGACGACUGAGGCAUCAGACAGUGAAGCAGGAGCCUGUGGAGCAGGUCGUUGGUUCAGAUAGUCAGCCUGAGAAGCAAACCCCUCUGACAAAAAAAGCUCCUUCUACUCCAACACGGAGGUUGACGAGAGGAAGGAGGGUCGCUUUCAGCUCCUCCCUCCCAGAGGCGGCGGACGAGCCACAGCAGGAUGGAAACGCCGAGUUCGAGAAAACCAACAGCUCCGUUUCUGCCUCCCCGACUCGUCUGCCCAGAAAAGGUCCGCCGCUCCAGACCGUCACGCCUCGCAGAAGUAGCCGCAUAAGUCAGUCAGAGCCUCCUAAAGAGGAGGCCGAAGACUUUGCCUCAGCCUCUAAGACGCCUUCGUCAGGCAGACGUUCGCAGAGUGCCACCGCAACAAGAGCCGGCAGCAAGGAGAAGCCUGCUGCCACAGAAGUAGAAAUCACGGAGGACAGACAAGAGGAUGAAGUUGUGGAAACGAGGAGCCGCAGAGCCAGCUCCAAAACUCCUUCCAAACCGAGGACCGCGCAGGCAGCCACUCCCAGGAGGUCCAGCAGAAGGACGACGAGUGGCGGCGAGGUGGAGCCAACACCUCUGGAGGCGGGUAAAGAGGAGGAUCCUGUUGUCCCUCCUGUAAAACGCAGCGCCAGGAAGGUGAGACCAGAGGUGCUGCCAAUCCUGUUUGAAGAAGAAGAAGAAAAGAAGAAACAGCAACUUUCCAGCCCUGGGAGGACAACCCGGCAGUCCAGCAGAAUCACCCUAAAUGUGUAUCCACAGGUCAAACUGGUCCCUGUGUCCCUUCCUCAGACCAACAGAAAGACGGCAGGAACGGCUCCAGAAGAAGUGAAAGAAAGCAAAGAUCUCCUCCAGUCCGACUCCAACAAAAGCGCCGGUCGGUCCAACUCUCGUCGUCCGUCUAGGAGAGGACUCUGGGACCACCCCGAGGAGGAUCUUCCCCUACUGGACUCACCAUUGGAGGUGGACUCUGAAACUCCUGUUGCAGACGCCCUCAUCAAGCGACUCCAGGACGAGGAGGAGAAACAGGAAAUAAAGACGGAGCGAACCAGGAAGAGGAGUACAAAGGCGUCAGAGGAGCAGAUUUCCUCUCAGCCUCCUGUGAAAGACGGCGCGGUACCUGAACCUGCGGAAGACGAGUCCAGUCCAGGAGAGAGCUCGUUCAUCUACUCGCCCUCCCGACGGCGACAAACCAGAGCGCAUAACGCAGAGUCUCCUGCUCCCAGCGAGGAUCUGGAGGCUCCAGUCACACGCAGCAGGAGAAGAGGCAGGAAUGCCUCGCUUCAGGAUAAAGUUUCUUCUGAGGAGGAUCACGCUGAAGUGGAGAAAACAUCUAAAUCCAGAAAAGCAAAUCAAAAAACAGCAAAAUCCAGAGCUGUCCCGGAGUCUGUUCCCAUCGCUAAGGUGAACCCGAUCUCGCCUCUGCCCAGUCCAACCAAUCUGCUCCCGCUGGCGCUGAAGAGGAUUACAGACGGAGAGGUCCCCGCCGCCACCAGGAACCCUCGGCGCAAACGCUUAAUGGACACCGUUUUCUCCAAACCCGUCACCAGGAGGAGGAAACUCUGAGAAGCCUGGAGGCGGUGGUAACCGGUGGUAACGGGUGAACCUCAGACGGCCGCGUGAAGAUUUGAACCAAACUUCUUGAAAUGCCUCCUAGAGCUUCGAUUUUCCUAAAAAAAAAAAAGAAAAACUGCUGCGGGGGAUCUGAAGCCGUGGAGGUGGGGACUAAACGCCGCAGAUUGAGUGUGAAGGAGGAUUUAUUUUUUGGAGUUUACAUUUCCUUCUCAUGCAAACUUGAUGCCACUUGAUAAGUGACCAUUUUAUAUUUGGCUUCUUCUUUUCAGCUUGAGCUCUGGACACAGAACGGCACAAAGAAAAGCAAUAGAGGCAGGUUUUUAAAGGCUCCCAAUAAUAAACUGAACUGAUCUCAUAAAGAGGUUUUAUUUACAAUUAUUUUAAGGAUUUCAUUUCUUGUCGCGGUUUAGUUUUAAAAAUUCAAGGCCUGUUGUUUUUCUAUUCUAGAGAAAAAAAGGCAACCAACUCGUAGGGGUCUGUUUCUACUGCUAGAUUUGUAUAUAGUCCUUUGUUAUGUUCCAAAUAAAGUUAAUAAUUAAAUCCUAAGGAAUUAAGUUUAUUUUGAAUUUGAAGUGUCUUGAAUGCAUUUGAUGAUCAUAUCAGAUUGCCUUUGCCAAAGUCUUAAAACCUAAAUGGAUUUUGGAGGAUUUUGUGUGGAAAACUGCGCUGCUGUCAGCAGAUCUGGGAGAGAUGUACGUGGAGAAAAAAAAUGCACAACAAUUUGCAGAUGUAAACGUAGCUUUGGAGAUGUUAAGUUUGUUAAAUGCAAUUUACGGCAACAAGCAUCUGAUUCAGACUGUUUUCUGAUGAAUGUAUGUAGAAUGUCUUAUUUUUGAUGACUGCUCUUUGAUAAAUACGGCUAAACUUAAAAACCUCC